AUGUUCAAAAAGAGCUUACUGCCCGUCAUCGUUAUUCUCCCUUCUCUGACGUCGGUUUUCUGCGCAACAUAUACCCUGUCCGAUGAGAUUGUUGGCACAGGAUUUUACAACUCAUUUGACUGGCAAAAUAUCUCCGACCCGACUCAUGGGCGAGUAAACUAUGUCGACAAAACGGUGUCACAAAGCCUGAACUUAACGUUCGCCUCGUCAAAUACCUUUAUUCUGCGCGGUGACUCCAAGACUGUUCUUUCCGCAAAUGGAGCUGGGAGGAACUCUGUGAGAAUCCAGUCGAAGAAGACAUAUAGAACACAUGUAGCAGUGUUUGACGUGCGUCACAUGCCUGAGGGAUGCGGGACUUGGCCAGCUGUUUGGGAGGUCGCCGGAUCUGGGUGGCCCAACACCGGCGAGGUCGACAUAGUGGAAGGCGUCAAUAAUCAAGGGCCUAACGCCGUCUCCUUACACACAAGUGCUGGAUGCACCAUGCCGGCUUCUCGUCAGCAGACUGGGACUUCCACCCAGCUGGAUUGCAACACGAACAUAAAUGGGGGAACAGGAUGCGGCGUCUUACUUUCAAGCCAAAAAAGUUUUGGGCCGACUUUCAAUCAGAACGGCGGAGGAUGGUACGCUGUUGAGAGGUCUGCCACUGCCAUCAAGGUUUGGUUUUGGGCCAGAACAGAGUGCUCCGUUCCAAACGACGUUCAAACCGGUAAUUUAGCUGUGGAUCCUUCAAACUGGGGUGUUCCCUCGGCGUAUUUUCCGAACACUACGUGCGACUUAGCUGCCCGGUUUAGUGACCACUACAUCAUCAUCAAUCUAACUUUCUGUGGCGACUGGGCCGGCGGGGCUUAUGCUCAAUCAGGAUGUCCAUCGACCUGCGUUGACUAUGUUAACAAAAAUCCUUCUUCCUUCGUUAACGCACAUUUUGAUUUUGCAUCCCUUCGAGUUUAUCAGUGA